AUGAAGGCUCUCAUUCUUGUUGGAGGGUUCGGGACCCGUCUGCGUCCUCUGACUCUCACUCUGCCCAAGCCCCUGGUGGAGUUCGGCAACCGGCCCAUGAUCCUGCACCAGGUCGAGAGCUUGGCCGCUGCUGGUGUCACCGAUAUCGUUCUCGCUGUGAACUACCGCCCCGAUGUGAUGGUGGCUGCGCUGAAGAAGUACGAGGAGCAAUACGGAGUCAACAUUGAGUUCUCCGUCGAGUCCGAACCGCUGGGCACGGCUGGCCCGCUCAAGCUGGCGGAGAAGAUUCUCGGCAAGGACGACUCCCCCUUCUUCGUCCUCAAUUCCGAUGUUAUCUGCGACUACCCUUUCAAGGAGCUCGCCGACUUCCACAAGUCCCACGGAGACGAGGGUACCAUUGUCGUCACCAAGGUCGACGAGCCCUCCAAGUACGGUGUCGUCGUUCACAAGCCCAACCACGCCUCGCGCAUCGAUCGCUUCGUCGAGAAGCCCGUCGAAUUCGUGGGCAACCGUAUCAAUGCCGGUAUCUACAUUCUGAGCCCUAGCGUCCUGAAGCGCAUUGAGCUCCGCCCGACCUCCAUUGAGCAGGAGACCUUCCCCGCCAUCUGUAAGGAGGGCCAGCUCCACUCCUUCGAUCUCGAGGGCUUCUGGAUGGAUGUCGGUCAACCUAAGGAUUUCCUGACUGGUACUUGUCUGUACCUGACCUCCCUCGCGAAGCGCAAGCCCAGCAUGCUCGCCCCUCACUCCGAGCCAUACGUCUACGGUGGAAAUGUCAUGGUCGACCCCUCCGCCAAGAUCGGCAGGAACUGCCGCAUUGGUCCCAAUGUGGUGAUCGGUCCUAACGUCGUUAUUGGCGACGGUGUCCGUUUGCAGCGCUGUGUCGUCAUGGAGAACUGCAAGGUCAAGGAUCACGCUUGGAUCAAGUCCACCAUUGUUGGCUGGAACAGCUCCGUGGGCCGCUGGGCGCGUCUCGAGAAUGUCACCGUUCUCGGAGACGAUGUGACCAUCGCCGACGAAGUCUACGUCAACGGUGGCUCAAUCCUGCCCCAUAAGAGCAUCAAGCAGAACAUUGAUGUUCCCGCGAUCAUCAUGUAA